AUGGAAGAAGCAGUGGCGUCGAGGUACUGGUGUCACAUGUGCUCACAAACUGUGAAUCCAGUAAUGGAAGCUGAGAUCAAGUGCCCCUUUUGUCAAAGCGGGUUUGUCGAAGAGAUGGAGGAGGAGCAAGAUUCUUCAGAGACCAAUGAUCAGAGAGCAAACAAUUCCCUUUGGGCUCCCAUCUUGAUGGAAAUCAUGAAUGAUCCUACGCGUCGCAGAAGGAACCGGAGUGUUGAGUCUGUUGAAGAUAACCAGAACGCGGCAGAGAGUCUUGAGAGUGACACUGCAAAUGGUAGAGAAACCGAUUUGGACUCGCAGCUUCAGGAGAUUAUCAGGAGGAGGAGAAGACAUUCCGCCGCCGUUUUGCAAUUGCUUCAGGGGAUCCGAGCUGGUUUAACAGCUGAAUCUGAGGAUAACGGGGAUAACAAUCCGGAUAGAGACAGAGAACGCGUGAUCUUGAUCAAUCCGUUUAACCAGACCAUCACGGUUCAAAGCUCUGUUGAUGCUGAUUCUGUGCAAGCUGGCUCUUUAGGCGACUAUUUCAUCGGUCCUGGAUUCGAAGCGUUGCUUCAGAGGUUAGCAGAGAAUGAUCCCAACAGAUACGGAACUCCUCCAGCUCGAAAAGAAGCUGUUGAGGCUUUGGCUACUGUGAAGAUCCAAGAGACUCUGCAGUGUUGGGUUUGUUUAGAUGACUUUGAGAUUGGAACCGAGGCGAAACAGAUGCCGUGUAUGCACAAGUUUCAUGCUGACUGCUUGCUACCAUGGCUUGAGCUCCACAGUUCUUGCCCGGUUUGUAGACAUCAGUUACCUGCGGAUGAAACAAAGACUGAUUCAGGAAGGACAGAAACAAAUGAUGACAAUGGGGUCAGUAAUGCUUCUGCUACUACAAGCAGCCAUGGAACUGAGAGCAGCGAUGGAAACCGCCAUGAAGAUGAAGAAGAAGAGGAGGAAGAGGAAGAAGAAGAAGAGGAGGAGGAGAAUGAUGAUGAUACUACGAGCGGAUUCUCGAUCCCGUGGCUGUUUGGCACAUUGUUCUCGUCGUCCCAAGAUAGCAGCAAUCCAUCGACGGGUACAAGCUGA